AUGCAGUUCAAGAUUGUCUUCACCUCCAUCCUGCUUGCCAUCUCAGGCAUGGGCGCCAAUGCUCGCCCAAUGCCUCACGGCCACAAGAACGUCGGCGUUCCGCAGGAGCACUUUGAGGUCCUCAAGAUGCGCGCCUCGAACUCGGUCAACCCCAAUGCCGUCACUGAUGUCAAGUGCAUAGACCCAAAUGCUCGCAUCGUCUUCCACGACCAAAACGUCGCCGAGCUGGGCAUCUGCGGAGGCAUAGCCGGCACGGUCACCAAGUGCCAAGGCUCGCCGCAGGAGACGACAGGAGAGUCGGGCUCUGCCAAGUUUGAGCUCAAGGCCGCGCAGCCAGGCGCCACCAUCAACAUCUCAAAGGACCGCUGGGAGCAGUGCGUCCGCGCCGCCCGCGACGCGUGCCCCACUGGAACCAUGAGCGGCACGUGCGUCGGGGGCGCCUCAUCCGGAGACGUCAACUUUACGCUCAACAUCCAAUAA